UGUUCCGAGUCGUGUGCAGACCUCAACCUGCCCUUUGAUCCCCAUACGCCCAUCCGGCAUCCUCCUCCUCAUAUCUCACCUCAACUCAUCUACUCAAGUCAGCCAUGUCAUCCUCAUCCUCCCAACCCAUCCAGAUCGAUAUACGCUCCCCUGCUGCAGUCGCUCUGCAAUCCUCCAUCCAGGACAAUCUCGUCUCGCGAGGAUGGGUGGAUGCCUCGGACCCAAUGAUGGCAGAGUACGUCCUGGUCAUGCUGGCCAAUGCCAAGGGACGGGAGCAGAUCGAUCAGGAGUUGGCAGAGCUCAUUGGAGAGGGGGUCUACGAGAAGGACUUCACACAGUGGCUUUGGAGUGAAGCUGCUAGAAUGCAGGGAGCGGCGCAGGGGGAAGAGCAGCCCUCGGGAAGCGGGAAUGCUGCGAUGGAGACUGCUCAGCAGGAAGGGGACAGGCGGAGCAAGACUCGCUCGCCGACGACCUACAGAUCCAAAGAGUCUGAGACUAGAGAAGUGGGAGGUUCAACACGAGAUGAACGCUCGCAGCGGGGCUCGUACAGGGAUCUGGGCAGGGAGGACGCCAGGUCGCGAUCCCCGGGCUUCAGGAGAUCCGCUUCCCCUCCGGUCAGGUCGGACAGGCAAACCUCAAAGGCGGCAGACCACUGGGAGCCUCGCAAUGCACGGGGAGAGGACGGAGAGAGAUGGACUCGAGGUGGUUAUCGGCAACAGCGACGAGCGCAGAGACAACCAAGGGAACUCUUCGCUACAGCAAGAUCAGAACUUCAAGAUCCCGCUUCCAGGCUGUCGCCUCCCAGAACUGACUCCACACCGAUAGAUGACUCGAUGCAAGAAGAUGCCACCUCUGCUACAAUCCUACCUACUGGCCCCAGAGAGAUGAGAAUACGAGGGAGCGCUCCCUCUAGCCAGGCGAACAACGCAGGGAGGGAAUUAUUUUCUCGGUCCAUCAACGCUGCGUCUGCCUCAAACUCUGCCUCGAAUGCUCCUCCAACAGGUCCACGCCGGGUGACCCCUACAGGGCCUGCAAAUUCAGGCCUCAGCCUACUAGCCCGCGCUGGCAUCCCUGAUCCUCGUGCGCCAGCCUUCGUGCCGAAUUUCCAGCCUCAACCAACAGCAACUGCUGUCCAAGGUCCUUCGCUGAGCUCUCGUCUGGAUCCAAUGCUACCAGUCAAUGCUCCACUCAGACCAUCAAGUGACCCUGCAACUUCGACGCACUCUACCGACUUCCCUACCAAGCCUCUACAGUCCUCCCUUUGCCGGUACGCCUCAGCAUGCACGAAUCCUAUGUGCGAGUACUCGCAUCCAUCGCCCAAAGCCUCCCUCGCAAAGCGGCGAGGAGAGAUCAAAGAGGAUCCGAUCCUGACGAGCCAGACGCCCUGCCGGUUUGGAGUGGAGUGCAACAAUGUAGAGUGUACCUUUAGCCACAUCUCACCUGCCGUCUUCUUCCUCUCGCAAAGAGGAGGCAACAAUGCUGAUGGAGUGGGGAUUGGGUCGACGGCUGCUGGUGCAGCAGUCAGUAUGGGGGAAAGCACAUCAAUCCCUUGUCGAUUUGGGGAGAAGUGUUCUAACCCUAGCUGUGCAUACAAGCACGUCGAUGCGGCAGGCAACGUCAUCCCCAGUCCAGCCCUCACACGACUGCUCAACCCUUCGGCAGCGGCUCCGGCGGCAAAGGAAAACGGCAACCCAGCAGCUGCAGAUGCAGAAAUGAGCGAAGAAUUCGCGGCGGAGGAAAAGGGAGACGUGGACAUCUCUCUGGGGGCUUCGACUGGAGUCCAAUCGGGGAAAGGACCCGAUGGCAAACCUCUCGCCUUGGAUCGACCCUUAGACGACUCUUCUUCCUCAUCAUCCUCAGGAGGAGUUGGUGGUGGAGGCGGUGGUGGUGGUGCAAGACCCUGCAAAUUCGGAAUGGCCUGCACGCGAGAGGGAUGCUGGUUCUCCCAUCCUCCCGGUCAUACUCUUUCGCAUUCCCAAUCGCAACAGACGAACAGUACUGCAGGCGCAGGCGCUGGGAAGAUGCACAUUUCGGAUCGUCUUAGUCGCUUCAAUCGGGAAGGCGCAGAGGACGCUAAUGGAGAAGGGGGAGUGGAGAGGAUCAUCCCAGCUGUUUGAUGGGUUGGAGCGUUAAAUUGCAUUCGUCUGCCUGUCUAAUCUACUGCUCCUGUUCACAAUUAUAUCCCUCAUAGAGCUGCACCUCACAAGAACGAAUGGUAUC